AUGGCCAGUACUCAAACAAGUCUGAAAACCCCAUUCAAAGACCUGACCUUGUUCAAGGGCAACAUGAAGCGGCUGUACCGCGAGAGGCUAGAGGACGCGCCCAUCAAGAAGAGGCUGAUGGCUGAGAUGAACCUGAAGCGACGCAGCCUAGACACCCUGCUCCAGACCCCCAAGGUGAAGAGGGAGGCUGGGGAGGAGCAGACCCAGCACCGGGAGGCAGAUGGAGGCAUGGAUAGAUCCAUAGAGAUGGACAGUAGAGGGGAGCUCCAGGUAUGUGGAGCCAAGGCUCUGGAUCUCAGCCCUGGGCUGAAACACACACUGGCUGCCUUCACCCUCAGCAGCCAAAGCUCUCUGGGGGGCCCAGCAGCCUUCUCCGCCCGCUCCGGCCACGAAGCCUCCUCCUCCCCCGAGGUCGGCCCUGAUUCCUGCCCCGGCAUGGCCCCUCUACCCUCCCCACCAGUCCUAGGAGGUGGACCCCUCUUGGUGCCCAGCGACAGCUCCACAGAGUUAAGCCACUCCCUUCUAGAGGGAGAAUCCAUCUCCAGCUUCGCUGUCGGUGGGGAGAAACGCCUCUGCCUCCCCCAAGUGCUCAACUCGGUGCUCCGCGACUUCUCCUUACAGCAGAUUAACGCAGUGUGCGACGAGCUCUACGUGUACUGCUCGCGCUGCGACGGCGAACAGCUCCACAUCCUCAAGGUGCUGGGUAUUUUACCCUUCAACGCCCCGUCCUGCGGCCUCAUCACCCUUACCGACGCCCAGCGCCUCUGCAACGCCUUGCUCCGCCCGGGGGCCGCCCUGCCCUCUGACCCCAGCACCAAGCGGCCCGGCCAGGGGCUCCUCAAGGACACAGAGGCUAGCUUCCAGGUGGAGCAUCAGUGUCUAGGGAAAUGCCAGGGUCUGUUUGUACCCACGUUCUACACGCAGCCCGAGGCGCCCUGUAUUCAAUGCGUGGAGUGCCAGCUGCUUUUCUCACCGCAGAAGUUUGUGAUGCACUCUCACAAGUCCCCGGACAAGAGGACCUGUCACUGGGGCUUUGACUCGGCCAAGUGGCCGUGCUACCUGCAGCUGGGGAGGCAGUAUCUGGGGACGGCUGAGGAGCCGCAGCUCAAACUGCUGCUUGAGGACAUGAAGGACAAGUUCCACUACAACAGGACCACUGACAAAGUAAGCACUGAUUCUCUUAUUGUGUGUGUGUGUGUGUCAGAAUUAUUUUAUUUUGUCAGUUCGUUUGGUUACACUGUCGAUACCAUUUGUUGGUAGUUGUAUCUAUUGAGUCUCAAGAAGCCAGCCCCAGCUAUGGGUCUCAUUAGGUGUGUGUGUGUGUGUGUGUGUGUGUGUGCAUGCGUCAGAAUUUGUGUGUGUGUAUAAGACAGGACACAUGGGACAGGUGUCACCCCUCCUGCUGGCUGUAGUGUUUUAGAUCCGAGCAUUUCGCUGCACCUGCGAUAACAUAUACAAAUUUGUGUACGUGACCAAUAAACUUUGAUUUGAGGAGGGGCGGACAGGAUGACCACUGACCAGUUGGUCUCUCUCUCUCGGUCGGCCCCUGUGUGUGUGUGUGUCACGGGGAAGGGCAUCAUUUGUCUUCCAGGUCAGCUGGAGGUCACUAGAACCAUCACUAGACAAUAGGCCACAACACAAACUGGACUAGUGGACUCUCUCUCACAUACCUCUGGGCUGGAAUGGAUGGGCAGACAAUUAGCAUCCAUUGCAUCCACCCGCUACACACUUCCAUAUUUAAAUUACUUUGUAAGUAUUAUGAAGUCAUUUAGUUAAUUUAUACUUUUAGGGACGGUAAACAUUUUUUUAUGGAGAAUGUACUUUGAGAAUGCUUCUUAGUCUAGGGUUUUGCUGGGCGAUAUGGCCUAAAUAUCAUAUCACGAAAUCUUUCAAAUUUAUGACAGUAUUUUACGUUCUUGAAUAAUACAAGUUCUAAAUAUGAGUAGUUUAGCACCCUAGGGUGGUAACACAUAAAUUAUAAGUGAUUUCAAUACAGCUUGCUCCAUUCUGAUUGUUUUAUACGGUUCAACCACCUCAAAAAUACUGCAUUUUCAUACAUUUCUGCAUUUCCUGCAUUUUUGUUAUUUCCAUACUGUGCCACGUAGGGGCUCCAUGAUGGAUAUGGGCAAACAAUCUAGGCCUAGUUUAUUGGUGAACUGUUGGAAUCAUGGAAAUACAAGGAUUAUUGUAAUUCAAUAGUUGUAAUAUAGUGGACAGCACUUUGAAUACUUUGUUGUUUGACAUGACAACAAAUGAAUAAGCCAGGAAGGAAUUAUUGGGACAGGGUAGUGUUGGUCAAACACCGCCUGGUAUAGAGGUCCUGGAUGGCAGGAAGCUUGGCCCCACUGAUGUACUGGGCCGUACGCACUACCCUCUGUAGUGCCUUGCGGUCGGAGGCCGAGCAGUUGCCAUACCAGGCAAUGAUGUAUCUCCCGAGUGGCGCAAUGGUCUAAGGCACUGCAUCGCAGUGCUAGCUGUGCCACUAGAUAUCCUGGUUCGAAUCCAGGCUCUGUCGUAGCCGGCCGCGACCGGGAGACCCAUGGGGCAGCGCACAAUUGGCCCAGCGUCGUCCAGGGUCGGGGAGGGAAUGGCCGGCAGGGAUGUAGCUCAGUUGGUAGAGCAUGGCGUUUGCAACGCCAGGGUUGUGGGUUCGAUUCCCACGGGUGCCAGUAUGAAAAAAAUAUAAUAAAAAAAAUAAUGUAUGCACUCACUAACUGUAAGUCACUCUGGAUAAGAGCGUCUGCUAAAUGACUAAAAUGUAAUGUAAAUGAUGCAACCAGUCAGGAUGCUCUCGAUGGUGCAGCUAUAGAACUUUAUGAGGAUCUGAGGACCCAUGCCAAAUCUUUUCAGUCUCCUGAGGGUAAUAGGCUUUGUCGUGCCCUCUUCACGACUGUCUUGGUGUGUUUGGACCAUGAUAGUUUGUUGGUGAUGUGGACACCAAGGAACUUGAAGCUCUCUACCUGUUCCACUACAGCCCCGUCGAUGAGAAUGGGGGCGUGCUCAGUCCUCUUUUUUUCCCCUGUAGUCCACAAUCAUCUUCUAUGUUUUGAUCACGUUGACCGAGAGGUUGUUAACCUGGCACCACACGGCCAGGUCUCUGACCUCCUCCCUAUAGGCUGUCUCAUCGUUGUCGGUGAUCAGGCCUCCCACUGUUGUGUCGUCGGCAAACUUAAUGAUGGUGUUGGAGUCGUGCCUGGCCAUGCAGUCAUGGAUGAAGAGGGAGUACAGGAGGGGACUGAGCACACACCCCUGAGGGGCCCCCUUGUUGAGGAUCAGCGUGGCAGAUGUGUUGUUACCUACCCUUACCACCUGGGGGCGGCCCAUCAGGAAGUCCAGGAUCCAGUUGCAGAGGGAGGCGUUUAGUCCCAGGGUCCUUAGCUUAGUGAUGAGCUUUGAGGGCACUAUGGUGUUGAACGCUGAGCUGAAGUCAAUGAAUAGCAUUCUCACGUAGGUGUUCCUCUUGUCCAUGUGGGAAAGGGCAGUGUGGAGUGCAAAGAGAUUGUGGUUCUGUUGGGGCAGUAUGCAAAUUGGAGUGGGUCUAGGGUUUCUGGGAUAAUGGUGUUGAUGUGAGCCAUGACCAGCCUUUCAAAGCACUUCAUGGCUACAGACGUGAGUGCUACGGGUCGGUAGUUAUUUAGGCAGGUUAUUUUAGUGUUCUUGGGCACAGGGACUAUGGUGGUCUGCUUGAAACAUGUUGGUAUUACAGACUCAGUCAGGGACAGGUUGAAAAUGUCAGUGAAGACACUUGCCAGUUGGUCAGUGCAUGCUCGGAGUACACGUCCUGGUAAUCCGUCUGGCCCUGCGGCCUUGUGAAUGUUGACCUGCCUAAAAGUCUUACUCACAUCGGCUACUGAGAGCGUGAUCACAUAGUCAUCCGGAACAGCUGAUGCUCUCAUGCAUGCUUCAGUGUUGCUUGCCUCGAAGCAAGCAUAGAAGUGAUUUCGCUCGUCUGGUAAGCUUGUGUCACUGGGCAGGUCAUUUAACAAACCAAACAUUGAAAUAGUGUUAAAUGGUAAAUUAGAAACCCAUACCCGUUUGCGUAUCAACACCGGUAGGGGUGUAACGGUACACCGUUCUGUACUGGGACCUCGGUUCGGUCUGCACUGUGAACUCGAAUGAAUACAAUGCACCCUGUGUUGCGCUUACUACAGACGGAUGGACCUCCAGGGCUACGGAGAGCUACUUAACAGUGACAGCCCAUCACAUUACCCCAGAGUGGGAUAUGAGAAGUACUGUGCUACAGACACACCCCCUUUAUGAGAGUCACACAAGUGACUAGGAACUACAGUAACUGUUGGCAUUUCAUUUUCCCGCUGUAACCGAACCGUGGGUUUGGUUAAACUUUUACACCCCUAAAUACCGGUGUAUGUAUAUAGUAAAAUACGGUAUACUGCACAACCCUAGUUUAGGGCCCUAUAAAAAUCUGUUUUAUUUUUUUGACUGAUUCCAGUUUUUCCCGGUCUUUGCUCUCAAACCCACACUUUUAUAAUGGAAAACAACAAUAUUUGAUGUUUUUAGUCCACAACAAUGCUUAAAAAUAAGAAAUGUUGUUUCUUGGGUGUAGUUACCAUACGAUGCCAGCAAGAGACCGUUGUUUGGUUAGCAAUUUUUCUGUAGUGCUCAUGUGAUUGCAGAGUUUGCAAAACAAAUGGCCACUGGAUUUAUGCAAUAAUCAUGAUAUCAUUCUGCCAUGUAGGCAUAGGCUACUUUGUAGUUAACAUUUAAUUUAGGAGGUUUUUGGGAAAGCUGUUCCAUCUCUACCAGAAGGUUAUCAUUAGCAUCAUCUCUAACGGCUACACAAAGUGUAGACAGGCUACAUGCGCAGCUCACACACACACACACACACACAGACGGGCAUUCCUGUGCCAUUUCAGAAAGUUGCAGGAAAAUACGAAUCACUGAUUCAUUUUGUUCAUGUCUUAUGAUUAUCUUGGGCAAAUUAAUGCAUUUUUUAUAAUUUCAAUGCAUUUAAGUUUAUUUCAUAAAGUUCAAUACAUUUUUGUUAUAUUGUUGAAUGAUGUUUUAAUGUCUUCGCACCGUGGAUUUUCUAGGGCCCUGUUAGUCCAGGACUAGGCUUAAAAUGUGUCCAGGAAACCAUCCUUUUAUCUUUAUUUGUACCACUGAGCUGGAGUGUACAGGAACAGGCACCUAAGCCCUUGCAUGGGGGAAUUCCCAUGUUGCAUCACCAUCACCACCAGUGCUUUCCACUAAAGACCAGAACCCAAGGGAGGCUUCUACAGAGCAGAGGGGGUUUUGAUGGUUUUUACUUUCCGUCAUUCGUACAAAACAAAAGUGACAGUGGGAGAGAGAGCAGAGCAGAGCACGGGCCAGGACCUAUAGAAAUGUCAGACACCCUGAAGAAGGCACAGUGAUGCCGAAACGUUGGUGUUUUACCCAAUAAAUUAGUGGGAGUUUAUACAUAUGGAGUGUGCGACUCUCUUUGUUUUUAUAGCUGAAAAUACAAAAAGCUCUAGAUUGGUUCCCUUCCAUUGACUGGUUCACAUCCAUGUCUCAUGUUCUCUUCUUGACCAAACCGGACUAUCAUGUGCAUCCCAAAUGGCACUCUAUUCCCUAUAAAGUGCACUACUUUUGACCAGGGCCCAUAAGUCUCUGGUCAAAAGUAGCGCGGUAUCUAUGGAAUAGGGUGACAUUUGGGAUGCAGGCUCAGUUAUGUAUUGUUGAGAAAAACACUGACUUUAACUGGUGUUUUCUAGGCCAAGUAAUUUGUCUUCACUGUAGCCGCCUGGCAGGUUAUGGGUUAAAUGAGAGACUAUGGACUCGGAGCAGACAGGCUUUAGUGUGUGUGUGCAGACAGGUGUGAGAACACUGCCUGCUGUACAGUCAUUUGGCACUCCCUGUCUGCUGUGUUUGUGUCUGGCAUAAAGAGAGGGAAAGAGAGUGAGGUGUGAGAGAGAAGCCCCAGCCUCUCCCUCCCUGUGUGUUUGACUUGUGUGUGUGUGUACGUGAGUAUGUGCGUGAUUGUGCCGGAAAUACUGUCUGGUGUCUAGUCUAGUGCCCGAACCACAUUCCGACCCCCCCCCCCCCCCCCCCCUCCUCCCUCGCUACUCAGCUUGUCUCACUUUCGUCUGAGAGAGUCAGACAGAUAGACCUGGGGCCACUCAGUCACACAGACACAUGUCUCCACUGCAGAGCAGACUAA